AUGCCACAACCACCACACCACAACGGCACCACCACUACGCCUCUACCACCACAUACCACCACCACCUCCACUAUGAUGCAGCUGCCAGCAACACCACCAUCAUCAUGCAACUACCACAACCACAACGCAGCCGCCACGACCAUCACCUCCACCACCGACACCAAUACCAUGCCAACAAGAAACCACCACAAUGGCACCACCACUGACAUGAAUGCCAUGCCAACAAAACCACCACAACCACCAGCAUGCUACCUCCACCACGCUGCGGCCACUGCCACCACCAAAACCAACACGACCACGUCACCACCACCAUCACGACACCACCACGCCAAAACCACAACGCCAUCACCAAAACCAUCGCCGCCUCAACCAAAAACCACCAUGACCACCAUCACCAUGCCAAAACCACUCGCCCCCACCAACACAAUGCCACCACCACUACCACACAACCUAACCACCACAAUACCGCCGCCGCCACGACCACGACUACCACCACCAUAUCACCACACCACAAUCACUUCUACCAAGCCAUAA